AUGGGCGAGGAGAAAGACACAAAGAAGAAGAGGGUUUCGUUUGCACCUGAGCCUCAGGUGAUGUAUAUAUAUCCUGAAGAGGAGAACAAAAGCAACAAGGCUGUAGACUCUGGAAUGAUGAGCGAGGAUGAGAUAUCUGUGGAGCUGACGGUAGAUCAUCUUCGAGGGAGGAAGACAGAAGACGGAGGAGAUGGAGAAUUUUUGAAUGCAGAGCUGAAGGAUUUGAUGGAGGAUAGUGAGGUUGGGUAUGGAGCCAUGGGUGACAACAGUGGAAAAGAAGAUGAGGUGGAAAAAGAGAAGUGCAAGGAGAACUAUGGGGUGGAGGAAGGAGAGAUUAAAGAAGUCAAGGAUGAUGAAGAGUGUAAGGAAGGAGGGGCUGAGAACAGCGAGACAGGGUGGAGAGAAGGGCCCUGUAGGAAUGAACAGGAGGAAUUUGAAGAUACUCUGAUGAGCAAUGAGACAGUGAAUGUAGAAGAGAUCAUCAACACCCAAGAUCUUCGGAAGAUAAUUCCACAAGUGAGGAAAGAGAUGGUGAAUGUUUCUGAGCUACUGGUUUCCAAAGGAAUCAGAUUUCUGGACAGUCUUGUUGUGUCGAAUACAAGAAGGGAUACAAUGUCGAAGUCGCGGAACGAGGUACAUCCUCGGCAGGAAAGGUUCUACGAGAGUUUCCUGGAGCCUCGGACACGGUUCUUCUUGGAGUUCAGUUCUGAUCUUGAGGAUAGGAUGUUGCGGCAGGAGAAGGUGAACGAGGAGCUGGAAAGAGAAUUCAGGAUUGCAGGGACUGUUUUUGAGAGCCCGGAUGCCUCAAGCCUUCUGAGAGCUUUGAAGACGGAAUGCCGGAUGAAGUCUAAGAUUGAGUGGUAUGAGCUUCGUAAAGAGAAGGAAGUUGAGUUCAAUAGAGAGGUAACUGAUAGAAGGAAUCGGCUUGCUGAAGAGUAUAAUCAUCUUGGAGGAUGUCUGAAGGAAACCUCUGAGAAGGUUGAAGAGAGUAAAAGAAGGAAUGAAGAGAUGGAGGAGCAGAUACGCAGAAUAAAGAAUAGGCUUGGGAUGGAUGGGGAUGGGAGGCACCAGAAGAUCUCUGAGCUGAGAGCAUUGAUGAGUAAGCAGGAGGGAACGAUUGAGAGUGGAAGGAAGGAAGUGAAGAGACUUGAGGAAGAGAGAACAAGGAAGCAAGCCGAGAGACGUGUGCUGAAAGAAGCAUUGGAGAAGAUGGAGAUGGAAAUUAGAGACCUUGAGGAAGUGUUAAAAACCCAAAACAUAACCGAGGGUGAUGUGAAGGAAAUAAGACAGGAGUUCCGGACAUUGUGUGCAGCCUUUGGAAUGGAACUAAUGAAAGUAGAUACAAGCGAGGUUAGGCUCCGAAUACUGGAAUACAACCUCAAGAUAAAUCUAGGGGCUGGCUUCGUGAUUGAAUCGAUUGAAGCCACUCCUCUGUGCGAUAGAAAAGACCUGGGGCAUCUCUACCACCACUUCGGAAAAUACUUUGAAGGAAAGGGAUGCAGCUUCUUCAAGGGAAUUAGAGACGCCAUGUUUAUGUCGGCGAUGGUGUCAGGGCUAUGUAAAGAGUUGUCUGGAAUUAAGAAAAGACACUCUGUAGAAUGCAGCGGGGAAGACAACGAAGCCAUUGUUAGGAUCUUAGCAUUGGAUGUGGAAAAGUGCACCAAGCAUGAGAUUUCCAUCAAGAUAAAAAAUGGAUUUGAAUGCUUGAUCCAAUGGAAAGACAGAAGCCAGAUGUGGGAUCUUAAGAAGGAUGUAGGUAUAAUAUCCAGAUCGGUCGAAGAAGCACUUGCAAAUCGCUGA